AGUCGUGCACAUGCAGACAGAGGGAGAGGGGGGAUGAACGAGGUGCACACAUGAGGAUCUCCUGAACUGCCGGGGCAAGGCAGGGCUGGUGAAGAGAGAAGAAGAAGAAGAGGAGGAGGAGAACUAGAGGAAUACUGCAGUGGCCAACCAGCUUCUUUUCCCUUCUGUAUUUCUUUCUCUCUCUCUCUUUUCUCGCUGCUCCACUGCUUCCAUCCCCUUCUCUCUCCCUGUGCCAAUUAUACCAUGAACCUGCCUGCUGCUUGUUGCUAAGGGGAAGCCAGCCAGGGGGAGCCGAGUGGACCGGGCGAUAUUUUGUUGUUAAGGAUUUAGAGAAAAUGGCAGAAGGGUCCAAAGACCAGGGAGGAACGGGCACCGCUGAUCCCGAGGAGGACUCCCCCAAUAUGAUCGUCUACAGAAAGAUUGAAGACAUUGUUACACGAAUCCAAGAUGAGAAAGCAGGAGGUGUAGCCAUACGGACUGUCAAAAGCUUCCUCUCCAAGAUCCCAAGUGUGGUAUCAGGGGCGGACAUUGUUCAGUGGCUGAUGAAAAACCUCUCCAUAGAAGAUCCAGCUGAAGCCAUCCAUCUGGGCAGUUUGAUCGCUGCCCAUGGAUACGUCUUCCCCAUCUCUGACCACGUUCUGACACUUAAAGAUGACGGAACCCUUUAUCGCUUCCAGUCUCCAUACUUCUGGCCUUCAAACUGUUGGGAACCCGAGAACACAGACUAUGCCAUUUACCUGUGCAAGCGCACGAUGCAGAAUAAAGCCAGGCUUGAGCUCGCUGACUACGAGGCUGAGAACCUCGCCAGGCUGCAGAGGGCUUUCGCCAGGAAGUGGGAAUUUAUCUUCAUGCAAGCUGAGGCUCAAGUCAAGAUUGACAGGAAGAAGGACAAGGCGGAGAGGAAGAUCCUUGACAGCCAGGAGAGGGCAUUUUGGGACGUUCAUCGGCCAGUGCCAGGCUGUGUCAACACCACAGAGAUGGACAUCCGCAAGUGCCGGAGAGAGAAGAACCCACACAGGGUAAAAAAGUCGGUCUAUGGAGUACCAGAUGAUGGCCAGAGCCAACCGAGUCCUGUCCACAUCGGCUCCCAGCCGACCAGGAAGACCACCAAAGACGAUGUUCAGAAGGAGAUUACCUUCUUGAACAUCCAGCUGGAGAGACACUGUAUGAAAGUUUCCAAAGUGGCCGACAGUCUCAUGACCUACACCGAGCAGUUCAUGGAAUAUGACCCCUUUGUGUCAGCCGUAGAGCCUUCGAACCCAUGGAUCAGUGACGACACUACCUUCUGGGACUUGGAGGCAAGUCGCGAACCCACCCAGCAGCGUGUGAAGAAAUGGGGCUUCUCCCUGGAGGAGGCGCUAAAGGACCCAGCAGGUCGAGACCAGUUCCUAAAGUUCCUGGAAUCAGAAUUCAGCUCAGAAAACCUGCGGUUCUGGUUAGCAGUGCAGGAUUUUAAGCGACGGCCACUCCAUGAAGUUCCCUCCAGGGCGCAGGAGAUCUGGCAGGAGUUUCUGGCUGAAGGAGCUCCAAGCUCCAUCAACUUGGACUCUCACAGCUACGAGCGCACCAGCCAGAACCUCAAAGACCCCGGACGAUACAGCUACGAGGACGCUCAGGAGCACAUAUUCAAGUUAAUGAAAAGUGACAGCUAUGCACGCUUUUUGCGAUCCAACAUCUACCAAGACCUCCUGUUGGCCAGAAAGAAGCAGCCAGCAGACACUGAACAGGGCCGCCGCACCUCCUUGGAGAAGUUCACCCGCAGUGUGGGCAAGUCAUUGACGGGAAAACGCCUGACAGGCCUGAUGCAGUCAUCCUGACACAGCCUGUGCUGCAGGGGCACAGCCAGACCCUGUCGGGUGGGUGGCUGCCGCACAGGGGCCGGGGCACGGGCACAGACAGUGGAGCUGGGCUGGACAGGGCUGCUGUGGAGGCUCUCAGACACUGCUCCGAGGACUGCUGCCAUAUUGGUAUUGCAGCACUGGGCUUGCUGGGGUGAACACCCCAAAUUGAAACACUGAUGAUGAGACAAUGUCGACAAGGGGAACCUCAGCCAACACACAGCACGGCAUGCAGCGUACAGUACAAGCAAAUGCAGUGCAGGGCUCUUCAUCACUUAGGCGGCAAACUGGUUGUGAGUCUCGAUGAAGCUGAUCAGUUUAUUGUUUUCAGGUUGUUUUAUAUUAAGCGUUAUUAGAAACGAAAAGAACAUCUGCUAAAUAUUCUUUGAUAGGACUGCGUGUAACUCGCCACAACGUUUGCAGUGAUGACUAUCGUCUUAUGAUUUCGGGAUCCAAAAAUAGCUGCAGCCAAUCCUAACUCGGACAUAAAUACAAAGUCUAAGAGGCACAUCAGCACAGACACAAAUCUGUUUGACAUUUGCCUCUGUACUCACAAAGCAGCCAGCAAUAAAUAAAGCCUGUCCAGUUUUUUUUGAUUGUUUUGUUUUUAGAAAUAUCCAACCUCUUUUUAUAUCUUUCUAUUAUAUUUGUGUCCUAAGCGAAGCACGUGUCAGUUAAACAGCGAGCACAGCUUUAGCACUGUGAAAAGGCGCAGUACAAAGCCUGUAUUCUCCACGCUGAGAGGCAUCUACAAAAUGGAUUUUUAGAGGUAUAACUUUUCAUGCUUCAUUACAUUCCAAAAUUUGACAUAAGGGCUUAAUGUAGCAUUCACACUGCACCGUGGCGUGCUUCAUCCAAACGUCUGUGUUGAGAAUUAAUGUUUCAUUUCUACAACACUGCUCUGUAAUGAGACGCGUGGCGAUGAUUAAUUUCUUCUGGCUGGCAAAUUAUUCAUUUGCUUUGAGAGGUUCAAAAACGUGGCUGUGCAAACAGUUGUGGUGUGCAGCGCCAUUUAGUCACAGCCAUACGUACACAGUCACAGGCCAAAUAGCAUCUCCGGUUUUUUUUAGGCUUCUGCUAUAGUAUUUAAAGUAUCCAGUGCCAUGGGUCCAUCUAGUGGUGGCUGAACCACAGGACCAGAAACCAGAGUGUUAAAAGACUGAACUGUGCUGUCUUCAUAUCAUGAUAUCAGAACAAGUUGAUCUCCCGUCUUGGAGACGUUACAAGGCCUGCUACUCAAUAUAGGAUCACUUAUUGCUUUUUUAAAACUGCAUGAAUAUUUUUUAAUCACAAAAUGUUACCUGAUCAUUUAAAAAACAAACAUUUUUUUUGUUGUCUCCACGAAUUAUCUGUCGUGUUUUAAUGACUAUGGGGGGAAAAAAAGAAAUAUUUGCAUGCUGGACUAUUAUGGAGUGCUAAUUUAGGGAAGGAUGGUUGGAUUCUCCAAAGAGGGCACACAGACAGGGACCAGCCCUGCACCGGAGCAACACUCCUCAGCGAAUCAACAUCUAAGCCCCGAACUGCAACUGGGAACAAUAUUUGACCCUCGAUAGACGACGCACACCGAAGAUAAAAGGCCUCUCUGCUCCACUGUGGCUUCAGACUCCUUCUACAUACAGAAAGUGCUUGGACUGAGGAGAUUAUGGUCUCACAGCUCCCCCAUGAGGCCAGUGACUGCUAUAGAGAUAAACUACGCUGCUGAAUGAGUCAAUCAUCUAUUCUUUUGUAUUAGAGUCGUUGCAAUGCACUGUACAGGUCAUAUUAGUAAUUAUUGUUAACAUAAACCAGUAACCUCGUUGAGUAUAAGGUAGAGAGAUAUGCUUAACUCGAGUCGAUGUACCAAAUGUUAUCCUCAGCACAAGACACAAUGACACUAUGUAUCGAGUGCAUUGUAAAUGUAAAUUGGCUAAAUUUCAUUAACCAAAAGCACACUUUAUUAUGAUAUGGGCACAUUACUAUGCAUGUAACAUAUUCAGGGCAUUUUGUGCUUUUAGUUUCGCAAUCAGCAAGAUAACUACUGGCACUCUGAAACACUCAAGCACCUGCUGUCUAUUCAUGGGUACCAAAUAAUAAAUACUAUGGACCUGU